UUUUUUCAUUAGAAGGGCUCAUUUGUUUCUGCUUUUUGGCUGGGUAAUCAAUUUGAGUGAUGCGUUUCCCUGUGUGUGCCCUUUUGUCCUGAAGAUGAUUUUUCUGUCAACUAUUUGUUAUAUAUUAAGAGUCCAGCUCCACAUUUAAGUUGAAAAGUUAUUUUGUAACUUUGUUACAGGGUGAGAACAUGUGUGGAAUCUUGUGGGAUGUAUUGGAGGAAGGUUAAGGGUUUGGAAACACAAAUGAAGACCUCAGCUGUAGUCCUUCUGCUCAUCACUCUUCACAUAAAACCAAACACAUGCCACUCAGUAUGCUACUUCUAUAGAGCUCACUCUCUAACUCCCCAUUUUUCCUCACAUACUAUAAUGUUCCCUUUGUCCUCAGUUAGUGUUAUUUAUUUUUUACUCUCCAUCUUUUUACACCCAUUUUCCAUGUUUGUUUGUAACAUAAAACAUGUGGCAUAAUGUGUGGCAUUAAAGCACUGUAUUUUGGACCUUUAGGUUUUUGGACAGGGGCCAUAAAGAGAGAUGUCUGUUUCAUGUCCUCCUGCUGCCAGAGGGGUGGUGGAAGAAUCUGUUAAUCUACUGGACCAGAAAUCUGAUCUCCUCUUGGACACUAAGGCUGUCAUCACUGCUUCUGCACACUGGGGCCCAUAGCUGCAGUGAGACCCUUGUGGACCAACAGAACUGCUGGGAAUGAUGGUCCCGCAUAAGAGAGCAAGUCGGGGGGGUCUCUCCUUCCUUUGGUGUUGCAUGAAGGGCAGUGACCAGCCUGAGAUCACCUACCGUCUCCGCAAUGACAGCAACUUUACCCUGCCAGCCAUGGAGCCCACCUUGCCCAUGCCCCCGGUCGAGGAGCUGGACACCAUGUUCUCCGAGCUUGUGGAUGAGCUGGACCUCACAGAGAAAUACAGGGAAGCCAUGUUUGCUCUUCCUGCUGAGAAGAAAUGGCAGAUCUACUGCAGCAAAAAGAAGGAACAGGAGGAGCAUAAAGGAGCAACACACUGGCCAGAAUUCUACAUAGACCAGAUCAGCUCCAUGGCAGCUAGAACAACAGUGCUUGCCAUGGAGAAAGAAGAUGAAGAGGAGAGAAACAAAAUGAUCGAGGGUUUGAAGACAGCCUUACGGACGCAGCCUAUGAGUUUCGUGACGCGCUUCAUAGACUUGGACGGCCUGACGUGCUUGCUGAACUUCCUGCGGAAGAUGGACUACGAGACGACGGAGUCGCAGAUCCACACGUCGGUCAUCGGGUGCAUCAAGGCGCUGAUGAACAACUCGCAGGGGCGCUCCCACGUGCUCACCCACCCGCAGAGCAUAAACACCAUUGCCCAGAGCCUGGCCACCGACAACAUCAAGACCAAGGUGGCCGUGCUGGAGAUCCUAGGGGCAGUGUGCUUAGUGCCUGGGGGGCACCGCAAGGUCCUGCAGGCCAUGCUGCACUACCAAAAGUUCGCCAGUGAGAGAACACGGUUCCAGAAUCUUCUAAAUGAUCUGGACAGAAGCACAGGGAGAUACAAAGAUGAGGUGAAUCUUAAGACGGCUAUAAUGUCCUUCAUCAAUGCUGUCCUCAGCCAGGGUGCGGGAGUGACCAGUCUAGAUUUCAGAAUUCAUUUGCGGUACGAGUUCUUGAUGUUGGGCAUCCAGCCUGUGAUAGACAAGUUACGGACCCAUGAAAAUGCCACACUGGACCGGCAUUUGGAGUACUUUGAAAUGAAGCGAAAUGAAGAUGAAUUAGCCCUGGCCAAGCAUUUUGAAAAUGUACACGUAGAAACUAAAAGUGCCACUCAGAUGUUUGAGCUCAUUCGUAAGAGGAUCAACCACACUGAGGCCUUCCCACACUUUAUGUCCAUCUUGCAGCACUGUCUCCAUAUGCCUUGUUUGUGUGCAGAUAAGCGGAGUGGGAACACUGUGCAGUACUGGCUCCUGCUGGAUCGAAUCGUCCAGCAGAUCAUCCUGCAAAAUGACAAGGGUGAAGACCCCGAUGUAGCCCCCUUGGAGAACUUCAACGUGAGAAACGUGGUGCGAUUGCUGGUCAAUGAGAAUGAAGUCAAACAAUGGAAAGAACAAGCAGAGAAGAUGAGAAAGGAACACAACGAGCUGCAGCAGAAGGUGGAGAAGAAGGAGCGCGAAUGUGAGGCAAAGGCUCAAGAGAAGGAGGAGAUGAUGCAGACGCUGAAUAAGAUGAAAGAGAAGCUGGAGAAGGAGACCAACGAGCACAAGCUCGUCAAGCAGCAAGUGGCCGACCUCACCCUGCAGCUCCAUGAGCUGAGCACUAGGUCAAAGGAGGUUCCAGGAAGUCCUCCUGCUGGCCCGGGGGCCCCAGGUGGGCCCCUACCUCCACCUCCACCUCCAGCUGGCAUUCCCCCACCUCCUCCACCUCCGGGUGGGCUUCCACCACCUCCACCACCCCCUCCUGGUGGCCCCCCGCCUCCACCUGGUCUGAUUGGGAUCCCAGCUCCCCCUGGAGGCCCUGGGAUGAAGAAAAAGAACAUUCCACAGCCUUCGAACCCACUCAAGUCCUUCAACUGGGCCAAACUCAGUGAGAAUAAGCUACAAGGGACUGUGUGGAUGGAUCUAGAUGACAGUAAGGUGUUCAAAUCCCUGGACCUGGAGGACAUUGAGAGAACCUUUUCAGCCUAUCAAAGACAGCAGAAAGAGUCUGAAGAUGACACCAUGACCAUGAAGAAGGUGAAAGAGCUGUCUGUGAUCGAUGGUCGCCGAGCACAGAACUGCAACAUUCUCCUCUCACGGUUAAAACUGACCAAUGAAGAGAUCAAGAGGGCCAUUCUGACCAUGGAUGAGCAAGGGGACCUUCCCAAAGACAUGCUCGAGCAGCUGCUAAAGUUUGUCCCUGAGAAGAGUGACGUAGACCUCCUGGAGGAGCACAAGCAUGAGCUGGACAGGAUGGCCAGAGCUGACCGCUUCCUCUACGAAAUGAGCAAGAUCAACCAUUAUCAGCAAAGGUUGCAAUCACUCUACUUCAAGAAGAAGUUUACAGAAAGAGUGGCAGAAACCAAGCCGAAAAUUGAAGCUCUCAGCAGAGCAUCUAAAGAAGUCCUUAAGAGCAGUAAUCUCCAGCAGCUUCUAGAGGUGGUGCUGGCUCUUGGCAACUACAUGAACAAAGGGCAGAGGGGUAAUGCUUAUGGCUUCAGGUUAUCUUCCCUCAACAAGAUUGCAGACACCAAGUCCAGCAUCGACAGAAACAUCACUUUGUUGCACUACCUGAUCACCCUUCUGGAACAGAAGUACCCCAAGGUGGCACUGAUUCAGGAUGACCUGCAGAAUGUUCCAGAAGCUGCCAAAGUCAACAUGACUGAACUGGAGAAAGAAAUUAACAGUUUACGUAGUGGCCUGAAGAGUGUAGAGGCAGAGCUAGAAUACCAGAGGAGUCGUCCCACAGCCCCUGGCGAUAAGUUUGUUUCGGUGGUCAGUCAGUUCAUCACGGUGGCUGGGUUCAGCUUCUCUGAGGUGGAGGACUCUCUCCAGGAGGCGAAGCAGCUGUUCCAGAAGACAGUGAAGCACUUUGGGGAGGAAGCCAGCAGCAUCCAGCCAGAUGAGUUCUUUGGCAUCUUCGAUCAGUUCCUGCAGGCCUUCACUGAGGCCAAGCAGGACAACGAGAACAUCCGGCGACGCAAAGAGGAGGAGGAACGUAGAGCCCGUCUGGAGGCACAGAUGAAGGAGCAGAGGGAAAAGGAGCGACUUGCUCGCAAGGCCAAGGAGAACAACGAGGAGGGCGGUGAAUUUGAUGACCUGGUGUCUGCCCUCCGCUCCGGUGAGGUCUUUGACAAGGACCUGUCCAAGAUGAAACGCAACCGCAAGCGUCCCAACAACCCGGGUGCUGACACCAGCAGGGAGAGGCCCAUUACCAAACUUGACUUUUGAGCUGCCAUCUGGUGAUGGGGCCUCAGAACUACACCCAUGUCAUCUCUCGUUUAAAAAAAACAAACAAAAAACUUUAUAGAUGUGAAUUCAUGGGUGAAGGUCCAAAAAAGAAUUUGUAUUAACUGAGACCUCGACUCUGAUCCUGGGCGAAAGAAGAUAUCCUGUUAAUCUGACGUCCUUGAAUGCUUUUUGACUGAAAUUUUUUUGUAAUCGUUUAGUUUGUUUUUGGGUUCUCUUCCAUGUUCUCUUUAUUUAAGCACACUUUUGGAUGUGAGAUAUAUCCUUACAAAAAUAAACCCUGAAGGUGGUACCUGA